GUCUCCCUCUCGCUACGGUUGGUAUCUUUGCUGACGUGUUUCAUGGCCUCUCUCAAAAGUCCGGAUGCGCUGCGGUUACGGGAUCCCUUCGAGUUGGAUAGGCUCGCCGAGGAACUCGAAGCCCGAGAGUCCUCCGCCCCUCGCAAGAAAGCCAACAAACCUGACGACGACGAACUUCCGGAGGGGGCACACGACCUCCCCGUAUACGCCCCGCUUUCUCACGACAACAAGUAUUUGUCCGCAGAGACGUUCGACGUCGAGCAGUUCCUGCUCUCGCGCGCGUACACCUCGCUCCCGGACUUACGCACGGAACUGCGAGAUUACCACGCUGCCCUCAAGGAGGAGCUCGUCAAGCUGAUCAACGAUGACUACGAGGCGUUCAUCAGUCUCAGCACGGACUUGCGGGGAGAGGGAGCGAGGUUAGAGAGCAUGAAGCGGCCUCUGGCGGACUUGAAGGCGGGGGUGCUCGAGGCAAGAAAGACGCUGCAGGUUGUCCAGGACGACAUCAAGGAUAAGCUGGACAAGCGUGCGGUCAUCCGAGAACAGCAGGCGUUUCUUCAGUUGCUCCUGAAGAUCUCGGAGUCCAUUACACGGCUGGAGUCUCUGUUGUUGAUCACAUCACCGGAUGAUGCGGAGAAGGGUGAUUCUGGCGUUGGGCAGGUGCAGCCGUUGCCUCGCACGGAGACCGAGGCGGAGGACAGGACACGAGGAAACCGUGCAAAGCACAUAGCACGCGUAGCAGCUGAGUAUACGCAACUACUCUAUCACGUCGAGCGAGCGAGCACGCAGCCCUGUGCAUUCAUCGACGAACACCAAUGGCGCGUCGAGCGCAUCAAAUCCACGCUAUCCUCUGACCUCGACCACUUGUUGGCAACGGCGCUGAACUCGCUCGUCGGCGGCCAUGGCAAGCCGAGCAAACCGACAGAUAUCGAGAAGUCGAAGCUGUACGCGGACGUGACGGAGUGUCUGCGCACGUACGACAUGCUUGGACUCUGGCGAGACGCAGAGGACGUGCUCCGGCGAGAGGUCGUCCGGGACUUCGUCAAGAAGACAAUAUACCCCGGUGCGCUUGCAGCCCCUCGCUCGCCCAUCGUUCCGCAUACCCCACUGCCCACCCGAACAGGUGCUGCGUCCCCCGCACCACCCAUGACCGCGUCCCUCCCGCCGCGCACCCCCUACACCCCCUUCACCGCGUUCGCGUCCAAACAGAACCCAUUCGAGUUCGCGCUCCGCGCAGACGCGCACUCCUCCUCCCCGACCGCGAACCUGGCGCACAUCCUCGACGAGACGGACGACCCGCUCGCGGCGCUCUACAACGCCAUCCUCCGCUUCGUCGACAGGGACAUGCGGCGGAUCAUGGAGAUCGCGGAGGCGGUGUGCGUCAAGUCUGGCUCGCGCGCCGUGGCAGAUCAGGGCGCGAAGAGAGGUGGGGAGGAGCCCGGGUUCGAGAUCAUGGCGAACGUCGUGUGGUCCGAGAUCGGGCGUGCGUUGAUGGACGAGCUGGGGAGCGUGAUCUUCGCUGCGGGCAAGCCGGACGAGUUCCGGAAGCACCACGAGACGACGCAGGCGUUCAUCCGCGCGCUCGAGUUCCUGGCACCGUCGGUGCAGUCGGUGGAGGCGAUGCGGACGCACAUCGUGUUCACGUCCUUUGAGCGGCGGUGGCAGCUCCCCGUGUACUUUCAGCUGCGGUGGAAGGAGAUCGUCACGAAGCUCGAGGAGUCGCUCGCGACGACGAAACUUGAACGGAACAAAGCCCUUGCGCCAUUCGCCACACCACAGGCGGCGGCGAUUUGCAAUGCUAUCCGGGCAUGCUGGAGCGCGGAGGUGUAUAUCCCGCAACUCAGCUCGAGGUUUUGGCGGCUCACGCUCCAGAUCCUGAGUAGGUACCGGACAUGGCUGGACAAGAGUCUACCGCCCCCCGAGCCCACUGCCAAGGUCGCGGCUGCUGUUGCACUAGAGCGAAUAGGAACUUCCGCGUCCUCGCCGACAACACGUUCUUCCACGCCGAUACCGACCGAGGGCGCGUCCGCCGAGAGCAUUGCUGCAGACGAUGCCCUAUUGCAGCAAUUCGCCACGGCGAUCACGGACAUCAAGGCACUGGAGGUGGACGUCAUGAAGCUCUGGAUAGAGCAGCUGAACACUAUGCUGCCCGACUCGACGCUGGCCGAAGACGAGCAGGAGGCCACUCCGGAGGAGGCGCUGGAGCAAGCCCUGUCUAAGCUCACGUCCCUCGUCCCGACCCUUACGAGCCAGAUCGUCCUCAUCCUCUCCCGCCGCGGCUGCGACGCGCUCCUGCCCAUGCGCUCCAUCCCGUCCCAGUUCCGCGCAUCAGCCAAGAAGACGCCUACCGAGCCGAGCUACUUCGUCUCGCUCAUCUUCAAGCACACCAAGGCGUUUUUCGGUAUACAGACUGUCGACGGCCCCGGGGCGGCGCUCAAGGACGUGCUGCUUAAGCCGGUCGCAGAGGAUGUGUUCGAGCUCGUUGCGCAGCGGUACAUGUACUGGCUGUCAGCGAUGAAGAAGACGGAGGAGGGGCUGCGGAAGCUGAAGCGGGGCAAGAAGUCGUACUCACUCUUCGGGAAGACAGACGAUGACGGAAAGGCGGAUGAGGAUAAAAUCCGUACGCAGAUGAUCCUCGACGUUGACGCGUUCGGGAGGGAGGCCGAGUCGCUGGGUGUCACAAUACAGGAGAACGUGACGUAUAGAAGUCUUGCUGAGAUGGCUCGCUCAUCCGUGACCGAGGACACUUAACCUCGCCCUUGCUCUCACAAUAACCCAUUCACCAUGGUCCUCAAAUCCUGUGAUUAC